AAUCUCGAUGGGCGGCAUCGCGAUGAGGCACUGUACUAGAGUUCCGUAUAGCUGGAAUCUCAGCGCGUCAAUGUCCUCGAUAAUGUCCGCUGACGUUCACCGGCGAGAUCCCGACGAUUCUCUUUCGAGUCGUGGAAUCGCGCGCGAUAACGGGUGAACGGGGAAUUAUCGAGGCGUGUAUCGAUCGUUGGCUGACCAUUAAAUGCCUAUAUUUGUAAUGGACUUGGCGGAAACUAUGAAGAACAUUGUUGCCAAAGGUAUGCAAACAGAAAUGGGUCCACCAGGUGGAGGGUCAGGUUACUCUGCUGCACCAAGCAGUGCUGGUUACGUCACCGAGAAGAUGUACAUGUUGUUACAAGCAUACUUGCAGAAUAAGGGAUGGAAUCCCAGUAUCGAGCUGCUACAAUGUUUUUCAGAAUUUAAGGAUGCUUCCAUGAUGCCAAGCGCUGCUUAUUUACAGAUGAUGGCAUCUCGAGUAGCAUUGGAUUCGCAGGGAAGACUAGUCCUCAGAGAGAAUGGAAAGAUAAUACUUCCCUAUGAACACUUUGCCAAUGCUGUCAUGUUGAAACAUAUGAAUGGGCCGCAUGGCUUACAUCUGGGCUUGGAGGGUACAGUCAGAGCAGUCAUGGAAUCUUAUACCAUCGGUCAGAGCAGUCAUGGAAUCUUAUACCAUAAGGAAUUUAUUAUAGAAGUCGUGCAAAACUGUCCCAAUCCCGCUUGUCGUUAUUACAAAAAUCAACUGGAACUCACUCAGAAAAUGGGUCACAUGGCACCAACUUAUAUCCAGGAAAAUGAAGCGACUGCAUCUCUUUUGCGUAGCAGUUUUCCACAUAGUACAGAUUUUCAGGCAACACUAGGUAGUGCUAAUCCAAAUACACAUAUGGGAGGAGGAUCCGCAGCAGAUUUAGCGGAGAUGAGAGGUGCUGGUAAUCAAAUGAAUCUUCAACGUCCUCCAAGCCGUCCAUCAUUAAAUAUUCCGCAUCGGCCUGUAUCGCAAGAGAAAAAAGUGUCAUCUGGCAAGCAGCAUUAUGAAUCUCUAAUACCUAAUAUACAAAUCUCCGAUCAUAAGUUGACAGACUUCUUACGCAAUAAUUUGGAUAACUUGGACAAUCUCACUGGACUUGGUUUGGGAAACUUACAAGGAAUAGGAAAUGCCAAUAAGGAUCUGUUAGCACUGCACAAUGGUGCAUGGCCUUUAGAAAGUGAAAAAGGAUCUCGGUCAUCGUCUGCAAAUUCGGAAGGUGGUCAAGAGAAGAUUGUGCGUGCUUUCGCAGAAGUAAUGAAGAACAUGGCAAGGAUGAAAGCCUGUGUGCGACCGGCGAUGUGCAAACCAUACGGCAAGCAAUCCGAGGCUCUGCAGAAAACAUUGGUCGAUACAAUACAGCUUGUACAAUCGUUGAGAAGCUUCUUGCCACCUCCACAUAUACCAGUUUCGAGCUGGAAGAAUGAAGAUAAACACCGAUUAGAUCACUCUGGUACUCCUUAUUUGUCAACAUUAAAGGCGGGUGGAAUGGAAGAAUUGUGCGAGCAGCGUAAGUUAGAUUAAGCGUUGUCUUCGCUUCACUCGCGACAGACCAAGUUUCGUCUUUUUGCGCUCUAUGAUGUUCUAGUCACAAGAUGUUUAUUGAUUAGCUGGGUGUUUCGUAUCUAAACAACCCGAUGGAUUGCUCAAAAAAGUUGUUGGCGUUUAGGACUUCAAAUACUAAGAGACAAAAUGAGUCAUGCGUGGACUGUGAUAAACGUGAGUAGCGAGAAAAAAAAAGAUUUAUAUGUAGGACUAAACUCACACCGCGUCAUCUUAGGGAUCUUUAUUAACUUUAUUUCAUCGCUGUAAUUUGACUGUAUUGUAAUUGCUCUGCCUAUGGGGCUUAUUCGGUGAAUAAUAUAUCGACUAACGUUAUAUACCACGUUAUAUAACGACCCGCGUUAUAUACCGAAUGUCGAGCGAUUGACGCUACGACGCAAGUAAUACGCGUGCAGUAUAAACAGUAUUUAUAUUUUACUAUAUCAAUUUAACAAUUUUGCCGCUUGUGUUCCAAUGAUUACCUGAUUAAUAAUAUAUCGCAUAGGACUUUUUUAUAUACUAUGUAUAAAAUUGUUACACAUAUAUAAGCUUAAGUCUCGGAAUAAGAAGCAAAACUAAAUUGGCCUGGUACAAAAGCUUUUGCUACUAAUUGAUAUUUAACGUUCGCAGGAUAGAUGCAUAAAGACGACAAUUUUCUUUAUUACCAAGUUUCACGUUAUUUUAUUUUAUAUGUUUUUAACUGUUUGUUUUGUAAGAUAUAAUAUAUUCUUUAUAGUAGCUUUCAAUUAACAUAAGGCAGAGUUAUUCAAUUAGCAAAAAAAAAAUUGCUGUGUGUUCAAUUUAUGUAUAUAUAUUUUCUCCAAAAAGAGGUACGUAUGCGUUAUUAUUUAUUUUUAAGGAUAAAAUGAAUAUAUAUUGUUGUUAUUUCUAAUACUGUUUGCUGAUCGAGCAUGCGAGUACGAAUGUUAAAAGCUGUGAACUAUUUCUUAAGCUCCAUGGGCAGUAUAUGCGGUGUGCACGUAAAAAAGUCAUUGGUCAAUUCAUAGAUAUUUUUUAAGAAACAGAUUAUUUCUUAAUAUAUAUAUAUAUAUCUACAUACAUAUAUAGUAAAGGAAAAGAAACGAAAAUCAUUGCGUCAGUUGAGAAUUUCGCAUUGACGCUCAAAGACUUUUCACCGUGCACUAAGUAUUAUUAUGCAGAAACGUUUUUAUUCUUGCGAGAGACAGAAACUACGAAUUGGGGGACUGCGUUUGUGAUUUCGAUCGAUCGCUGCCUCGAGAAUAAAUGGCAUAUCGUAACAGUUGCUGGAGUAAAAUCGUUUCCCACUCGGUUGUUAUAUGCGCAUAUAAACGAUACGAGAUAAAAUGUUUCCUUCUUUCUCGAUAAUGUAAGGUAAUAGGCAUUCGUCUUUGAAUGUGUAAGAAGCGAUGUGUACCGCGAAUGGAAAAUAGCGCGCGGCACUCGAAUGCGUGGGCUGUGUUUUGUGGAGUCUGCAUGUGUGUAUCUGAGAGAGAAUGCGGAGUUUUGGCUAUCAAAUAGCAAAAUUUUAUAUGAAUGCGCGUAUGUUAAAGAUGUCUUUCUAUACAUGUAUCUGUUAUAUUUACUACACACGUAUGCAGCGAAUGUGCCGAUCGAUUACCAUUUUAGGAGUCGGAUCCAUGAUUUGUGCAAAGUAUUAAUAUGUUUCUUUUGUUUCUUUUUGAUUCCUUGUUCGGCAGAUUAUUAAUCUUUCAUAUUAUAAUAUUUUCGUUCUGUAUCUAUUGUAAUUAGAAAUAGGAUGCAUGCAGAGAUACGAUUAAUAAGUCUGACGAAUAAUUUUCUCAAUAGCAGUUUUUUUUAUUUGUUUUUUAAGUAUAGUGAUUGUUUAAACGAACGCAGAUCCGGCUUCUAUAGACUGCGUUUUUGUUGACAUAUAUAUACGUAUAUAUAUAUAUUGAUAAAGAGGCUGCUGCAAUAUGGUUCAUAAUUCGACGAUAACUUGUUGUACACCAAAGUGUAUUUCCAAUAACUAGAUGGACUUAUUUUUUUUUUUU